UUUUAGAAGCACCAAAGGCAAAAUGAUUUUUUUUCCUUUUGGUUGAUUUCAUAUUUUAUUACGGUAUGUAAAUGAAAGAAUAUGGAACACAUGAAUGAAAAUCAAACACAAUGUUGUUCAUAUUCGCGGAAUAGCAACUGCUUAUCGUACAACAAACGAAUUGUCUUUGUACGACGACCAGGAGCAAAUAAUUUCCCGUCCGCGGAUUGUUUUCGAUGCGAAGAUUGUCUUGCGCCAAAUCGAUUGGAUGUUGGAAAUGGGCAAUGUAUUGUGCGAACAUUAUACCUUUCAGUGGAUCCAGCGCAGCGGUGUCGGAUGAACAAAUCAACAGGUGUUGAUUACUUAGCAUCAUAUGAAAUAGGCGAACUAGUUGAUGGUUUGGAAGGAAUUGGAAUUAUCGAAAUGGUAUCACCGGACAGUACUUUCAAAGUUGGCGAUUUGGUAACCAGUAUUGGACGGUUAUGGCCAUGGAGUAGAUUGUUUGUUGCCGAUCAAAUUGAUCUUGUAAGGGUUACUUUACCGCCUGGUUUUUCACCAUCAAUUAUACUGAGCUGUGUAGGUUUGUCCGGUUUAACAGCUCUUCUUGGUAUUCAAAAAAAAGCUGAAAUUGAUCCUACUCAGCCCCAAACAUUUGUCGUUUCUGGUGCUGCCGGAUCAUGUGGUUCAUUGGCUGGACAGAUUGCACGUUUAUAUGGUUGUACGAAAGUGAUUGGCAUUUGUGGUUCGGAUCAAAAAUGUGCUGUUUUAUUGAAUGAAUGGAAUUUCAAUGGUGCGAUAAAUUAUAAGCGGGAAUCUGUUGUUGAUCGUUUGCAUAAACUUGCCCCAGAAGGUGUUGAUAUAUAUUUUGAUAAUGUUGGAGGCUUCGUAAGUGAUGCCGUGAUAUCAUUGAUGAACAAAGGUGGUCGUGUUGUUUUGUGUGGACAGAUAGCUGUGUAUAACACCGACUUACCGAAUCCACCACCUCUUCCAGAGAAAACGGCUCAAAUUAUUGCGGAAAGGAAGAUUAAGAGAGAGAAAUUCAUCGUAUUGCAAUAUAAGGAUGAUAUCGACGCAUCUGUGGCACAACUUUCAACAUGGUUGCAGGAGAAAAAAUUAAAGAGUAGAGAAACGGUAUACGAAGGUUUGGAACGAGCACCGGAAGCAGUUAUAGAUCUUUUGAAUGGUUGCAAUAUUGGCAAAAUGAUUGUCAAAGUGGAUGAUUCAUAACUGUUCAUAGUACAGUAAAAGCCAUCUCAGCUUACUUCACAUUUUUUUCUCUCUUAUGUUUCUUUUUCACUUCUUUAUUUCUUUGCUUUUGUUUUUCAUCCAUGGUUUGUAACCAAAUUAUAAUUUGCAUAACCUCAAUUAUACGGUAUUAUUUGGUACAAACUUCGUUGUUAUCAUCUCUAUAAAGUAGCUCAAUGAUAGUUAUACUAUAAUUAAACUAAUUGCUUAGGUGUUAAGAUGUCUUUUGAUCUUGUCCUUGCUAAUUUAUAUAUUUUAUUCCAAUUUCCGAGUAUGUCAAGGAAAUUUUAUUUCGAUCAUAAUAUCAGUUUUAUAUCUUUGUUUCGAAUUUAUAUUUUCAAGGUAG